UGUUUGUAGUUGUGUGUCGUUGUACGCCUGUCGUUUGGUGUAGGUUGUUUGUUUGCUUAUUGUUAGUGCUGUUCGCACUUUACGCACUGUUUUGCGUAUUCGCUCGCCUCCUGUUUAUGAGGCCUGUAUGGAUUGUUCUUUGCUCCUGUGACUAUUAAAAGUCGGAUCGACUAAGCUUCUGUGUCCUGCGCCUGACUCCAACACCACAUCCACAUCAGCCCUUGACAAUUGAAGAAGAAAACCAUCAUUGGAAUGGAAUUGAAAUUUGUGGAAUUGACCCCAAACCUUUUUAUGACUGUACAACAAAGAGAAAAAGCUAGGCUGCCAUUAAUCUACAGCGACGAGAUCAUGAACAAAAUUGGGAAAAGCCUGAAUUUGGAAACAAAUGAAACUCCAACAGGAGAGAGAGACAGUGAGAGCAAAAAUGCACGUGCAAGCCAGCCAGCCAGCCAAUGAGCACCAAUAUCUGUGUGUCUAGCAUUAAUGAUCAACUGUAGCCCUAUUCACUCAGUAUUUACAAAGCUUCUCAGAGUAGGAGUGCUGAACAAGGGUCGUUUUUCCCUCUUAGAUCAUAGUGAAUAAGAUUACUAAGGGAACGUUGAGAGCUACUCCACCCUGUCUCUCCCAAGACGAUGAUGAAGAGGACGGCUACUGUCUGGCUGGCCUGGCUGGGCUACAUGUGUCUGGCUCAGGAAGAGGAGGUCUUGGGUUCUGUGGUGAACGUCUACACUGAACUGAAGGAGCUUAGGUCUUUGGUGGGAGAGCUGAGUACUAAGCUCCAUACAGCAGAAGCAGACCUGAAAGAGCAGAGAGCUAUGGUGGAGGAGCUGAAGAAAGAGAGAGAAGAGCAACCCAAGGUAGCCUUCUCAGCAGCCUUGCUGUCGUCUGAAAGUAAACACCAUGGGCCCAUCGACACAGAGACUAACCUCAUUUUUGGAAAAGUCCUGACCAACAUUGGCAGUGCAUACAACCCAAUCACAGGUGUCUUCACAGCGCCAGUGAGAGGGGUCUACUACUUCAGGUUUUCUGGAAACGGCUUUGCAGGCCAUGACAUGGGUCUGAGCAUAUUCAAGGAUAGCCAAAGAAUGAUGUCUGUGUAUGAAUACCAUUCCAGUGGAGAACAGAAUGACCAUGCGUCCAAUGGAGUCACACUGCAGUUGGAGAAGGGAGGAGUGGUCUACAUGCGUCUCUGGAUCAACACAUGGGUCUUCAUCGACGGGCGAUAUGACUACUGCUCCUUCAGUGGCUUCCUGCUCUUUCCUAUGUGAAGCAUACAGCACAAUGUCACAUUUUCCUCUGUCAUGAGAUAAAACCCUGAUGCAGGAAAAUAUAUAAUAAAUAGCCUGUUUUGAAGAUGUUUAUAUUGGUCCACUAAUACAGGACUAGUAAAGGCCCAGUGCACUACU